CAGGGGCGGACUGACCAUCUGGAAACUCAGGCACUGCCCGAGGGCCCGGGGUCAGUAGGGGGCCCCAUGAGAUGCCCCUGGUACCUUUUUCAUAGGCUUUUUUGAGCUUGGGCAAGGACACAGGGGCCCCAUGAUCCCCUAUUGCCUGGGGGCCCAUGAGUUGGGAGUCCACCCCUGGAGCAAUCAGUUCUCUGACACACACAGCCAGGGGCGGACUGACCAUUUGGAAACUCGAUUACUGCCCGAGGGCCCGGGGUCAGUAGGGGGCCCCAUGAGAUGCCCCUGGUACCUUUUUCAUAGGCUUUUUUGAGUUUGGGCAAGGACACAGGGGCCCCAUGAUCCCCUAUUGCCCUGGGGCCCCAU